CUAAAAUACCAAAUGUAAUGUCGAUGAUGAAACGAGGAGGCAAAACUAUCAACACUUAAAACAUGAUUUAUAUUCUUUUAAAUAUCCCAGGGACUAAAUGUUAUUACAUUAUUGCUACUUAAGGAAGUGUUUUACUCAAGUUUAAAACUAAUUCUCCACAGUCAGUCCCUUCUUGUUUAUGUUUUAUCGAUGGCAACCCGACGAUCAAGACUUCAGAUCAAACCUAAUAUAGGUCCCAGGGGAGGACAAAAGACAGGACCCAAUGAAGGUGAAAAACAGAAAGAAAAAAUUUCAGAUGUUAUAAAAAGUCCAUCUCGCACCAUCUCCAGUCUGAUUAAAGCCCCUACAAAAGAUCCAGAGCCAAAAGAAAAUAAGAAACCUGAAAAGAAUGUGGAGGAAAAUAAAGUCACAUCAGAAAAUGGACCAAACUCUGAAAAGGAGGAAUCGGUCAAAAGCCCCAAAGGCCAAAAACCCCAGUACACAGCCCUGAGGGCAAAAAUCAAAGCUAAACCCAAUCUGAAUCUGGCUGGAAAACCCAGAAGAGCAACAGAGGAAACUCAGGCUAAAUGCCCCUCUUCUCCGCUGAAGUCGCCCCGACCAAAUAUUCCUACGACGAGUCUGAGGUCCCCACCGCCCAGACCAAACCUUCCCCCACCGCGACCUCAUUUACCAACAUGCCCAUCUCCUGUAAAAAGCAUAUCUAAGCCAGAAAUAAAUAUACCGAGACUAACAGAGGAAAAGGAGGAAAAGAUAGAAAAGCCUAAACAGGUCAGGAGACACACAAAAAUUGACAUCUCAAAGGAUGCACCGCUGGACAAAACCUCCAUGAAAAUGUCUGAUCUCAUAUUCUGGAACCCUAAUAGGAAUUUCAUGUCGAGCCAGAGUAAACCAGAGAAGCCUUCUAAGACUGUGGAUCCUGAGCCAGCCGUCAAUCCGCUGUUACAGGCGACAGAGGAAGAGAACCAGGUGGACGAACCUGAGGGUGAGGAGGAGGAGGAAGAAGAGGAGGCAUUGCCGGUCCCCCAGGUCAAGAUCGGGCCCGACGGCAGCCUCAUCAUUAAUGAAGAAAGUCUGGUAGUGAACACCAAGAAGCCGGUGAUUGAGGAGGAAACCGAGACAAUAGACGAGACGGAGAACACGACGACAUACGCCAGCUUCAGGAAACCUCGAACAAGACAGCUCUGGAGUAACAAAGAGACAGAGAAGUUUUACUAUGCCUUGAGUUCUAUAGGAACAGACUUCACUCUCAUGUUAAAAGUAUUCCCAAACAAAACUAGGACAGAUCUCAAGAAAAAGUUCAUGAAGGAAGACAAGGAAAAUCGCUGGAAGAUAGAAAAAGCAUUAAAGGAGAGAAACCCUUUUGAUAUGGAUGUGUUCAAACGUUUGGAUAAGUUGGUAGAAGAGGAGAAAUGUGAAAAGGAAAAGGAGAAGGAAAAAACAAAGAAAUCCAGAAUCAAAAAAGUGGAGAUGGUGGAGGAAAAAUCAACAGCUCAGCCUUCUGCUGUAAGGCGGAGUAAAAGAAAAACUACAGGCACAAAAAAAUUGUCAGCUUCUUAUUUUGAUACGAGCAAUGACGACUUUGAAGAUGAUGAGGAUGAUUUUGUAAAGCCUACCCCUUCGAAGGUCCACAGAGGGGCUGGUAAGAAGGAGGAGGAGAGAGGGAAGACAGCUGGCCUAGUUUCAGGACAAAGCAGCGCCCUGAAUCAGUCAGAGAUUGUACAGGCCAUACGAGAUACAGAGGGAGAGAACAGCGAGCAGGGCCCCAUCAUUCUGGUGUAUAACAAACCGGAGGAUCCGACCGGGGAAACCGUCAUCCACGUGUACAGGAUGCAGCCUCAGUUUUAUCACCUAGCUCAGGACAAUGGCCAGCAACCCAUCAUUGUAGAUGGAAACAAUAUUCAGUGGAUGAGUGAACAGUGGCCCGGUGUGCAAACUGUGGUGACAACAAGCGAGAACAGUUUAACAAACACUAGUGGAGGCCAAGAUAUGCCCCUACAGUUUCUGUCCUCUGACACUGACCAGGUUCUAGAAAUUCCACUCAUCACUGAAUCCGGUGAACCGUUUGUUCCACAAAAUGUCAUGACACUUGCUCAGAACAGUACUCAGGAAAUUGUUCAGGCAGAGGAACUUCCUGUCCCUGAGUCAGGAUUAAAUGCCGUGAGCUGUGUUGGGGAUCUUCAUUCAGCAUCGCGUGUUCACACUGGAGAACUUCCUGUCACAGAAUCAGCUACGCGUGUUCACACUGGGGAACUUCCUGUCACUGCGUCAGCUUCUCAUGUUCAGAUUGAGGAGAGUCCUGUCCCUGCGUCAGUGUCCAAUGUCAUGAGUUGUGUUGGGGACCUUCAUUCAGCGCCUCUUGAUCAUACUGAGGAAGUUUCUGUCACUGAACCAGAGUCCAAUGUCAAGAGGUGUGCUGGGGAGGAAGUUUCUGUCACUGAAUCAGCGUCCAAUGUUGUGAGCUGUGCUGGGGAGGAGGUUCCCAUCACUGAAUCAGCAUCCAAUGUCAUGAGCUGUGCUGGGGACCCUCAUUCCGAGACUGCUGAAUCUGAACUGGUAAAUUUGCCCCCCGUGAAGGGAGGUUUACAGACAGAGGUGAAAUUUGUACCUGUUUCCCAAACAGAUGUGACGGACUUAGGAAGUGAAUCGGUAGGAGAUAAUGCCACAGAACAGCGAGUGUAUGUGGAACAAGUGGAAGUGUCUACCAUCAUAGAUGUCAAUAUUGUCAAGGUGGAUACCUAAUACUUUAUCAUAAUUUGUGUGUUGUUUUGGAUAUUUAAAUUUCAAGUGCAAUGAAUUUUUUAAACUGACUUUUUGCCAGUUAAAUAGGAUUGAAUAAAUUAAAUAAAUUGUGUUACUCC